GUCCAGUCAGGAGAAUCUGGAGAUGAGUGGGAAUUCUUGUCUGUGCCGAUUCCAUUCAUUCUUACUACCACGCUUCUCAAUAGCCUCCCAACAUUGUCAAUCAUGAAUCUAGUUUCCCGCCUCGCUCGCAAGGCCGUUUCCGCACAUAUCCCUACCCGAAAUCCAUCCGCUACGUCAAGUCUUUUGCGGUUUUCAGGAUGCAAUCGCCAUGGCGCCCGCUUCCUUGCCACUCAUGCCUCACAAAUGGUGCCUCAUAUUGAGGCUCCCGAUCUGAGCUAUGCCAGAGAGGCUCACCAUGUUCGCCGAGUCGCCGAUCAGCUCCAGCAAAGCGGCAUACUCAAAGUCAGCCUCCAGUUCCCGGACGACAAAAGCGAGUACCUUCAGCAAUUGCUACUCAGUCUGAAUAAGAACCACAACCACCAGCUACCCAUCUCGCACAGCGCAACGCGGGGCUGGUUCUGGGACGUCCGCCCCAGUACCACGGACUUCCAGACUGGGAAUCAUCAGGCUCGGUCAGAAACCAUGGAAGAGUUCCCUUGGCACACAGAUUGCAGCUAUGAGAACCCACCCCCGAGGUACUUUGCUCUCCAAGUGCUCCAGCAUGAUCGAUUCGGCGGUGGAACGCUGUCCGUCAUGAACGUCGAGCGACUGAGCCAGCUUCUGUCCCCAACAACCCGGGCCGCUCUGGUAAACCCCGACUACCGGAUCACCAUUCCUCCCGAAUUCAUCAAAGAUGCUGCCCAGCAAGACAUUGUUGGUAGCGUGUUGGUGGCUGACGCAGAAGACCGAUCCACUAUGAUGCGAUUUAGGGAAGAUAUCCUUACACCACUGAGCGACAAGGCAUCGGGAGCGCUCAAUGAACUUAAGCAAGCCCUGCAGAGCGCCGAGGCUCAAUCACAUUCAACAGUGCAUCUGACAGCCGACGACUUGCCGCAGAGGAGCAUCAUUCUCGUGGACAAUCGUCGAUGGCUGCACGCGCGGAAUGAUGUCAAGGACCCAGAGCGCCAUCUCCGCCGGGUACGAUGGGAUGCUGUCCCGUUCAGCGGGUCCAAUUAGGUGGCAUUUUUUGUAUUUGAGAUUUCAUCUUUCGGAGGCGCAAGUUUGGCGGAUUCGCCGAUGCACACGGGUAUGCAAAGGGAUGGAUUAAAAUUGUGAGACUUUGUACGUAAUAGGACCUCGCUUAAGGUAGCUGUUGAAUUUAAUUUCAGGUGCGUCUGUAUUGCGUUGA